UCCAGGGCGGGGCUCGGGGUCCGGCCCCCACGUGUGCGGAGGGGCGCCGGGCAUGGAGGCGGCGGGCGGCGCGGCGCCGACCCCGGCCCCAGCCCCAGCCCCAGCCGCGGCCCCGGGUAGGGCUCGGCCAGCCCAGCCCCAGGCCCAGCCCCAGGCCCAGCCCCAGGCCCAGGCCCAGCCCAAGAGCCGGGAGCAAUUCAGGACCCAGCGGAAGGAGUCCGAGGGCUCAGUGGAUUGCCCCAACCUGGAGUUUGAAUACAGGGAUGCCGAUGGCCAUGGCGCCGAGUUAGCAGAGUUGUACAGCUACACCGAGGAGCCUGAGCUCAGCACCAACAGGAGAUGCUUCGAGGAGGAUUUUCACGCUCAAGUGCAGGGCAGGAGGUGGCUGGAGCUGGAUGGGGCUCAGCAGAAGGCCUACGUCAUGCACCUGCUGGAUGGGCUGGAGGUGGUCAACAGGGAAAAGCGGCUCAAAGUAGCACGGGCCAUCCUCUACCUGGCACAGGGCGUCUUUGGAGACUGCGAUAAUGAAGGUGAUGUCCUCCAUUGGUCUCGACACAACAGCUUCCUCCUGUACCGGCUGGGAACCUUCACCGCCUUCCUGGAGCUCCUCAACAUGGAGAUUGACAACAGCCAGGCCUGCAGCAGUGCCCUGAGGAAGCCGGCCAUCUCGUUGGCCGACAGCACAGAGCUCAGGGUGCUGCUCAGUGUCAUGUAUCUGAUGGUGGAAAACAUCCGUGUGGAGCAGGAGGCAGAUCCCCCCGAGUGGAAAACCUGCCAGGAGACCUUCAGGAUGGAGCUGAGUUUCCCUGUGCACAAUGAAGAGCCAUUUGCUCUUCUGCUUUUCACAAUGGUGACCAAGUUCUGCAGUGGCCACGCUCCACACUUCCCCAUGAAGAAGGUCCUGCUCCUGCUCUGGAAGGUGCUUCUGUUCACGCUGGGUGGAUUUGAAGCCCUGCAGGCGAUGAAGGUGAGGAAGCGGGAGGAGCUGGGGCUGCCACCCUUGCCGGAGGACAGCAUUCAGGUGAUGCGCAGCAUGCGUGCCGCUUCGCCUCCCACCUACUCCAUCGAGCUCAUGGAGCAGCAGCAGCAGCAGAAGCGUGGUCACCGCAGCCGGAGGCCCCUGGUGAAGCAAGACAGUUUGGAUAUCUACAACGAGAGAGACCCCUUCAAGAAUGAUGAAGCAGGAGUCGACGAAGAGGAGAACGAUGAUGUGGACAGUGGGAUCGAGGGAGAACUGGACCUGAUGGAGCGGGAUGCGAUUAUCCCUGCGAUGCCUGCUCAGCGCCCACCUAUUGAAAGGGUGUCCUUCCCCAAAGGGCUCCCCUGGGCCCCCAAAGUCAGACAGAAGGACAUCGAGCACUUUCUGGAAGCAAGCAGGAACAAAUUCAUCGGCUUCACGCUGGGACAAGACACUGAAACCCUGAUAGGGCUACCACGGCCUAUCCAUGAAAGCGUGAAGACACUGAAGCAGCACAAGUACGUUUCCAUCUCAGACAUCCAGAUCAAGAACGAGGAGGAGCUGGAGAAGUGCCCCAUGUCUCUGGGAGAAGAGGAAGUCCAAGAAACCCCUUGUGAGAUCUUGUAUCGAGCAAUGUUGUACAACCUCCCCCAGUAUAUGAUAGCUUUGCUGAAGAUCCUCCUUGCUGCAGCACCCACCUCUAAAGCCAAGACCGACUCCAUCAACAUCCUGGCAGACGUGUUGCCUGAAGAGAUGCCCAUCACUGUUCUUCAGAGCAUGAAACUGGGGAUUGAUGUGAACAGACACAAAGAGAUCAUUGUGAAGAGCAUCUCGGCUUUGCUGCUGCUGCUCCUCAAGCACCUCAAGCUGAAUCACAUCUACCAGUUUGAGUACGUGUCCCAACAUUUGGUGUUUGCCAACUGCAUCCCGCUGAUCCUGAAGUUCUUCAACCAAAACAUCAUGUCUUAUAUCACUGCCAAAAACAGCAUCUCUGUCCUGGAUUAUCCACAUUGUACGGUCUAUGAUUUGCCCGAGCUCACUGCAGAAAGCCUGGUAAGCAGCACAGAAAGGGUCCUUGUAACCAGUAUUGCUGUAUGCGAGAGGGAAGCUGGAGACAACAACCAGUUCUGCUGGAGAAAUUUAUUCUCCUGCAUUAACUUGCUGAGGAUCCUCAACAAGCUGACCAAGUGGAAGCACUCGAGAACAAUGAUGCUGGUUGUCUUUAAGUCGGCCCCAAUACUGAAACGAGCUCUGAAGGUGAAGCAGGCCAUGAUGCAGCUGUAUGUCCUCAAACUGUUGAAAAUCCAGACCAAAUACCUGGGGCGCCAGUGGAGAAAGAGCAACAUGAAAACCAUGUCUGCCAUUUACCAGAAGGUGCGGCACCGCAUGAACGAUGACUGGGCUUAUGGCAACGAUAUCGAUGCCAGACCAUGGGAUUUCCAGGCUGAAGAAUGCACCCUGAGAGCCAAUAUCGAAGCCUUCAACAGCCGGAGAUACGACAAACCUCAAGACUCGGAGUUUGCGCCGGUGGACAACUGCCUGCAGAGCGUGCUGGGACAGCGGCUGGAGCUCCCCGAGGACUUCCACUACUCCUACGAACUCUGGCUGGAGCGGGAGGUGUUUUCCCAGCCCAUUCGCUGGGAGGAGCUGCUGCACUACCAGUGAGUGCGACACCUUCACCUGCCCCCACUCCCACCUCAAUAAGGACUCAAGGUGCUACAGGGUGAGGAAAGGAAGAUUAUUUUGGACCUGGGUGUUCAUAAGCACGGCUGGAAAAAAAUUACAGUCUUUCCAAAGAGACCAAGCCUCUCUGUAUCUACCCAGACACCCCUGGGUAUGCAACUGCUGACUUUUUGGAGGUCAUCCCUUUCCUGGGACUUCUUGGAGACCAUACAGUAUCAACAGACCUGCAGAGAGGCCACGGAGCAGGUUCCAGUGUCACACUAGUGGCAGUGUCAAGAGUGAGGUUAUCUGGUCUUUGCUGCAGGUUGACACCGUGUACGAGAGCUCAGAGUCCAGGUCUGUCUCUUAGCUUGGUUCAUGCAUGUAAGUUUGUUGUAAGAGUAUCUCAACCGUGAAAGGUUUUCAUCUCUCCCGAAUGCCUCGCGCUGUGCCUAAUUUGUUUUCAUUUAGUCAGUUAUGGCUGCCUGAUAAUGUGCUUCAAAUGCCCUACUGCCAUGAACACGCUGCCCUGCUUUCCUAAUGAAGCUGAAAAUAAGAAAUACAUGGCACUGUCUGUGACAGCCUCCAUCAGAGGUGACAGGCUGACUUGGCCAAAGGAGAGGACAUUACCUCUUGUGCCUGGGCUGGCAUUGCUGCUGCUGGGAUUACACAACCCGACUUAACAGAGGGUUGCUUCCACAACUGGCAGUUUAUGUAUCAUUCAGCAGGGACAGCAAUCCAUUACCUUUUCACUGCUCCAUUUUCCUCCAUCACUCCUUUCACUCACCAUUUGUAUUAGAGUAUAAUGAUCGGUACGCUGUGCAGUGUUUAGAGCUGUUCAGGAGGUUGGUUGCCCCAUUCCUCUCUACCUGAUUGUUUUUGAAGGAUAAUUACUGCAACGUUAGGUUUCCAGAUAGCUUUCUUCAUUACUCUUCAGCCCUUGUAACCCUGCAGGAGACAGUAAAUGCCACAUUAAAUAACCUAAUUUUUACACUGUUUUUUUGGUUAUUUGGAGGAAUGUGCGAAGUCUUAAAGCAGGGAGGAAAAGUGCUUUGGUAGCAAUUUACUGCCACCAUAUGAGGCAAAAAGCAGACACUGUGGUCCUUAGCUUUCAGAAUGAAUAGCGUAUCGAGCUGUAAACUUUCUGUAAUGUCCAUACAAACUCUACACUUGGGUAAAGCUGCGUGGCGUGAGGAUGGCAGCUGAAGGCAGGCUGGAAGCCCUUGUGUCUGGUUGGAGCUGUGGACUGACCCGCUGAAUUAAUCUCAGCCCUUGGUACUGUGCAGGGGUGACGGUACCUUCUCCUCGGCCAACGGCCCUGCCCGAGGGCCGCACUGAAAAGGCAGGCUGGGCUUCACAGUAGUUUCAAAAGUAUUAUGCCAGAGCCUGCAAACUAUAAUCUUUCUCUACAAAGUUUUAUCAGUCCAGCACAGGGAAUCCUGCGUCUAACCUCCCCGCCCCUGGCAAUGAAACCAGGAUUUUGGCUUUUGUCAAAGAAGCAUGUGUUCAUAUAGUGCAGGCAAGCACUUAGGCCACGCUGUUAUCAAUAUAUCAAGCACAUGAGUGAUAAAACCGUAAGUAUAUGUUGUGACAGGAUUUGUGCUUAUUGCUGUGGAAUUAUACCGAGAACGUUUCCUUAAUGUGGUUUGUAAAAGGUGUUUUUCAAAGAAACAGCCUUAGUAAACCCGCUCACCUUUAUAAAUAUGCUUUUGUUCGUAAUAAACCAGAGCAACUUUAAAGCAUGUACAAUUACUUAAGCCUUUUUC